AUGUCAAACGCCUUCAUUUUAACCACAAAUCCUUUGAUUCAUUUUUCUUUUUUCUUCUGCUCACGAGAAACCCUUCAACAAACUGAUCACUUUUCCAGAGAUCUUGGUCAAUUGAUCACCUUGCAUUUCUGUGAUCUUGGAUUUCAAUAUUUAUUCAAACUUUAAAAAAAAAAAAAAAACAUAAUCCCUAAAAUCUCUGACAAUCCGUUUUCUUCCUAUAUCAAAUUUCAGAGUGAAACAACAAUCAGGGGAAAGGAGGAAGAUCAAGAUGGAUAUGAAUCCAUCUAAUAAUCUUCCGAACUUCCAGGGAACACAUUUCGUGGAUAUCCAUGAAGUCUUGCAUGAGGAUGAAGAGGAAGGAGAAGGAGAAAAGAAACUCAUCAACAACAAUAAUAAUACCAAUGUUAAUGUUCCUAAUCAUCACGACAAAGCCAAAAACCGGUUUGUUCAUCCGAAGAUUAGGAAUAUUAACACAGACGGAAAGAGACCCCCACCUCAUCAUAAGGGUUUUAGCAGGCAAGUUUCGUUGGAGACUGGAUUCUCUGUGCUGAAUGGAGGAAGUUCUUCCAACAACAAAGCUCAGAAAAAGUUGCUUACCCGAAGUGGAAACAGUUUUGGUGAUUAUGGCUCGGCACGUUGUCAAGUUGCGGAAGGUAGAAAAGCAGAUUUCAACAUGUUCAGGACUAAAUCAACUCUCAGUAGACAGAAUUCGGCUUUGCCUCCCAAAGAUGUUGGUGGAAAUGACCCAUGUCUGAAGAAGGAUAUUGAGUCUGGUGGAGUUGAUGUGAGCGUUCCUGCUGGUAGAUACUUUGCUGCUCUUAAAGGACCCGAAUUAGACCAAGUGAAGGACUCUGAAGAUAUAUUAUUGCCAAAAGAUGAGCUAUGGCCAUUUCUCCUUCGUUUUCCCAUUGGUUGUUUUGGUAUUUGUUUAGGCCUAAGCAGUCAAUCCAUACUUUGGCAUGCUCUAGCAGUUAGUAAAUCAACCCAAUUUCUCCAUAUUACACCUUUUAUCAAUAUAGCUCUAUGGAUUUUGGCCUUAAGUAUCCUUGUUGCGGUUACUGUGACCUAUGCACUCAAAUGCGCACUCUAUUUUGAAGCUGUCAAGAGAGAGUACUUUCACCCAGUCAGAGUCAAUUUCUUCUUUGCACCAUGGGUUGUCUGCAUGUUUUUAUCCAUAGGUGUGCCGCCUAAAUUUGCACCAGAAACUCUUCACCCAGCCAUUUGGUGUGUGUUCAUCACCCCAAUACUCUUUCUUGAUCUCAAAAUCUAUGGCCAAUGGCUUUCGGGUGGCAAAAGACGGCUCUCUAAAGUGGCGAAUCCGUCUUCUCAUCUCUCGGUUGUAGGGAAUUUUGUCGGGGCAAUAUUGGCUGCUAAAGUUGGUUGGGUGGAACCAGGUAAGUUCUUGUGGGCAGUUGGUUUUGCUCAUUACCUUGUGGUGUUUGUGACAUUGUAUCAGAGAUUGCCUACGAGCGAAGCGCUGCCGAAAGAGCUGCAUCCUGUUUAUUCCAUGUUCAUCGCAACUCCUGCUGCAGCAAGCAUUGCUUGGGGAGCUAUUUAUGGUCAAUUUGAUGGCCUUGCAAGAACAUGUUACUUCAUGGCCGUGUUUUUGUAUUUGUCUCUAGUUGUCCGCAUCAACUUCUUCUGGGGAUUCAGGUUUUCAGUGGCAUGGUGGUCUUAUACCUUUCCCAUGACAACAGUAUCAAUAGCAGCAAUCAAGUAUGCAGAUGAAGUUCCUUGCCCAUUCAGCAAAGGGUUUGCAGUUGCUCUUUCAUUCAUGUCAUCUACAAUGGUGUCCAUCCUGUUUGUCUCCACUCUUCUUCAUGCUUUCUACUGGCAGACAUUGUUCCCCAAUGACCUAGCCAUUGCCAUAACAACAAAGAGGACACCUUCAGCCAACAAGGACAAGAAAUCUCCGAAAAAGCGAUAUGACUUGAAGAAAUGGACCAAGCAAUCCCCUCUGUCUUUUGUUUCUAACCUGAGGAAGCAGCAUUCAGGUGACAAGUGUUCUGAUGAAGAAAACUGAGGUUAGUUUAAUUUGGAGUUCCGAUCAGAAAGAGCAACCUAACUACAGAGAGAUGCUAGUCGUCCAUUGAUGGAGGUAGGCUUGUGGAGGAGUUGAGUUCAGAGAAUGUAAAUUAUGCAGAAACUUGUUGGGAUGGGAAGACUGGCAUUCUUCAGGUGGGAGAUGAACCCUUUAUCAUGUGUAUACUAGUAUUUGAGUAUUGAUGGAAUAACAGAUGUAUUCUUAGUUUACUGUACUAUGUACUAAUAUACUAUAGAGAUACUUCCUAUUAAUGCCUUUGGAAGUAAACCUACUUUCUACCAAUGUGUGUAUUACAUUAUCUUAUUUAUUGUAUUAUUGUAAACCUACUUCCCAAAAUAAUUAUCUUAUUUAUUGUA